UUGUGGCAAAUAAACAUCGAUUUGGUUUAUUGGUUACAUCCUGCGAAAGUAUUUUUGCUGAAUGGAAUAUGUAUUACUUUCCAGCGUGGUGAAAAAAUUAAAAUGAGAGCUGUACCUGCAUGGGUUGAUAAAGUGCAUGACCGAGAUAAACUUGAACAGUGUAUCUACAACCUGUGCUUCAACCCCGAUGGCUCACAGCUGGUUGUGGCAGCAGGACAGAGGGUUUUGGUGUACGACGCCAGCGAUGGCUCGCUCAUACAGCCGCUCAAAGGUCACAAGGAUACGGUGUAUUGCGUUUCGUAUGCCAAAGAUGGGAAACGUUUUGCGUCGGGGAGUGCCGACAAAACUGUCAUCAUCUGGACAUCUAGACUCGAGGGAGUCCUCAAAUAUUCUCACGGUGACGCUCUGCAGUGCCUGGCCUACAACCCCGUGUCGCACCACCUGGCCAGCUGCUCCCUCAGUGACUUUGCCUUCUGGUCUGCCGAGCAGAAGGCAGUCCAGAAGCACAAGUCCGGGGCGCGCAUCAACGCCUGCGCCUGGACCAACGACGGCCAGUACCUUGCCCUGGGUCUGGGCAGCGGCUGCGUGUCCAUCAGGAACAAGGCGGGGGAAGAGAAGAGUCGCAUCGAGAGGCCUGGAGGACCCCAGUGCCCGAUCUGGGCGCUUGCCUGGAACCCCUCCAAGGAAGAAAAUAAUGAUAUCUUAUGUGUGACUGACUGGGGCCAGACACUAUCAUUCUACACAAUGAGUGGUAAACUGGUGGGGAAGGAACGCAGCGUGGGUUUUGACCCGCUGUGCGUCAGCUACUUCAACAAGGGCGAGUACCUGCUGGUCGGUGGCUCCAGCCGCACCUGCCAGCUGAUGACGCGCGACGGCAUCCGGCUGGGCACCGUGGGCGAGGAGCAGUCGUCGUGGGUGUGGUGCUGUGCCGCCCGCCCGGACUCCACCUCCGUGGCUGUUGGUUGCCAGGACGGGACAAUUGCCUUUUAUCAACUCCUGUUCAGCACUGUUCAUGGGCUGUACAAAGAGCGUUAUGCUUUCAGGGAAAAUAUGACAGAUGUUAUAAUCCAGCACUUGCUGACGGAUCAAAAAGUCAGGAUAAAGUGCCGUGAUCUCAUCAAGAAGAUAGCAAUCUACAAACAUCGACUGGCAGUGCAGCUGCCGGAGAGGGUGGUGGUCUACGAGCUGUACUCGGGAGACGCGGCGGGCAUGCACUACCGCGUCAAGGAGAAGAUGAGCCAGCGUCUCGACUGCAACCUGCUGGUGGUGUGCACCGACCACCUGGUGCUCUGCCAGGAGCGCAAGCUGCAGUCCUUCACCUUCGCCGGCUCCAAGGAGCGCGAGUGGCUCAUGGAGUCAGCCAUCCGUUACAUCAAGGUGGUGGGGGGUCCGCCGGGGCGCGAGGGCCUGCUGUUGGGGCUGAGGAGCGGCCACGUGUGCAAGAUCUACCUGGACAACCCCUUCCCCGUGGCGCUGCUGAAGGUGGACGCGGCGGUGCGCUGCCUGGACCUCAGUGCCUCGCGCAAGAAGCUGGCCGUGGUGGACGAGACCAACCGCUGCCUCGUCUACGACAUCGUCAGAGGCGAGCUGCUCUUCCAGGAGCCAAAUGCCAACAGUGUUGCCUGGAACACCCACUGUGAAGACAUGCUGUGUUUCUCUGGGAACAACCUGCUGAGCAUCAAGGCCAGUAACUUUCCUGUACACCAACAGAAGCUGAUGGGCUUUGUGGUUGGACUCUGUGGCUCCAAGAUCUUCUGCCUGCACGUGUCCACCAUGUCGACUAUCGAAGUACCACUGUCAGCUCCCAUGUAUCAGUACAUGGAGAAGAGGAUGUUCGAGGAGGCCUACGACGUGGCGUGCUUGGGUGUGACCGACGGCGACUGGGAGUCCUUGGCCCACUCUGCCCUGGACGGCUUGAACCUCGAUGUGGCGCGCAAGGCCUUCGUUCGCAUCAAAGACCUCAAGUACCUGGAGCUCAUCACCGAUUUCAAGGAACGGCAGCGCAAGGGGGAGAGUGACGAGGUGUUUGCUGCGGACAUCUUGGCGUGUCGAGGGAAGUUCAAAGAAGCUGCCCGCUUGUACCAAAAGCUGGGACAGGAACAGAAGGCUCUCAACAUGUACAUAGACUUGAGGAUGUUUGAUCUAGCCCAGGAAUUCCUUGGUGCUGUGGAGAGCGUGGAUCGCAAGGCUCUGAUCCGCAAGAAGGCGGACUGGGCCAGGAACAUCAACGAGCCGAGAGCAGCUGCAGAGAUGUACCUGUCCGCAGGAGAGACUGCUAAAGCCAUCGAAAUCAUUGGAGAGAAUGGUUGGGUGGACAUGCUGGUGGACGUGGGCCGCCGACUGGACAAGGCGGACCACGAGGGCGUCUCGGCCGUGGCCCGCCACCUGGCCCGCCUGGGGCAGCUCGCCCAUGCCACCGAGAUGUUUCGCAAGCUGGGGGAUGAACGUAGCGUGAUCAUGCUCUACGUGGAUGCCCGUGACUGGAAGGAGGCCUUCUCGCUGGCUGACAAGCUGCCCGAGUACAAGGACCUCGUCUACGUGCCGUACGCCCGCUGGCUGGCCGAGAACGACCAGUUUGUCGAGGCUCAGAAGGCGUUCCACAAGGCAGGCCGCCCUGAUGAAGCAUUUCGCGUGCUGCAGCAGCUGACAGAGAACGCUGUCAACGAGUCGAGGUUCCAAGAUGCUGGCUACUACUAUUGGGUGCUCUCCCUGCAGUGCCUGGACCUGGCCAAUCAGACCCAGGAUGAGGCAGACAAGGUGGAGAUGAUCAGAAAAUAUCAAGAAAAUGACAAACGAGCAUCUAUUUACUACGCUUAUGAGACCAUCCAGAAAUACUUGGAUGAGCCAUUCACCUCGUACCUGCCAGAGGCACUGUUCAACAUCUCUCGGUUCCUCAUGCUGGAGCUGAAGUACCUGCAUCCUAGAGGAGUGUCCUUAUUUGCUGUGCUCUACACUCUUGCUAAGCAAGCUAAAAAUCUUGGCGCCUACAAACUAGCUCGGCAGACUCUGGAGAAAAUACAGGGUUUACGAGUUCCAGCGAAAUUUCAGGAGAACGUGGACCUGGCCUCUCUGAUGGUGCGGGCCAAGCCGUACCAUGACAGCGAGGAGCUGCUGCCCAUGUGCUACCGCUGCUCUACCUACAACGCGCUCAUGAGCAGUGCGGGCAACUGCUGCUCCAACUGCGGGCAGCCCUUUGUGCACUCCUUCGUGUCGUUUGAGAUCUUGCCCCUGGUGGAGUUUCAGCUGGAGGAGGGCAUAUCGGAUGAAGAGGCAGUGCGGCUGAUAGACGCUCCCGCCCCGACCAGUGAAGGCUCGGAGCACGGCGGCUGGAAGCAGAGCGUCGGGGAGAACUACCAGGCCAUGCAGUUUGACGACCAGUCAUCCGCGCCGGACCCAUUCACUGCUCGGCUCAUGAGCUUUGAGACGGACAGCGAGGAGUUUGUGCCGGUGGUAGUGAACCGUGCCACCCUGGAAGCCAUGGAGCCCGGCAGCGUGCUCAUCUGCCGCAGGCCGGUCCCCUUGCGCCGUCAGUUCUACAGGAACCUGCUGCCCGACCUGCAGAUAUCUCUGUGCUCUUCCUGCAACAAGCAAGUGCGCUGUCGGGACUCCCGGGAACUGGCAUUGGUUCUAGCUUGCUCAUCCACCAUCUCCCAGCUCUGUGGCAUGGAGCCCAGCGAGUGGUGGUUCCAGUUAUUUCACGUGGAUGACUUCGAGAUGCAAGUUCUUCAGAAAGGUCACUGCCCAUUCUGCCGAUCUCAGAGCACAGAUAAUGUUAAUGAUGGUACAGAAGAUCUGCUGGUGUGACAUUGAUUUCAAACUGCAGACUGCUGAAGUUACGUUGCACAAACAUCCCACCGAUCAUCUGCGUAUGGUCCAUUGUGAAGUUCAAGCUGUUUUCUGUCCAAGACAGUUUUUUCUGUGAUUCUCCCUCCACCCCCCCCCCCCCCCCCUCACAAGCAUAUUUUAAAAUUAGGAGAGUUUAGUAUAAACUGUAGUAGUAGUAGUAGUAUUUAAACAUCACUUUUAAAAUUCAAACAAUUUUUUAUCUUGAUGUUUUUUUAUCCUGAUGUUUUAAUCAAGAGCACAUUUUAGUGACUUAUAAAAAAUGGAAUUUUUUUUUAUUAUUUUCUCCAGCAAUUUAUGACUUUUUGGACUUGAAUGGCUGAUUUUGACUCAGUUUAGCUAGCAGAGCUGAAGAUUGUAACAUGAGUUAUACUGAUCUACUGACAUGUAACCAUGUGGAAGUUGUAACUUUUUAGAUUGUAAUUUUUUUAUUUUUUUAUUAGUUUUAACAUAUCUAACUACAGCAGUGAGCCAAGGUGGUAGACACCAUACAUAACAACACAAAGACAAGAGUGAAAAACUACUUUUAAAAAAACAGGAAAUACAUAGACAAAACAAUAAAAACAUACACAAAACAAGGCAUACUACAUAAAAUAAAGAAUUAAUUCACUAUUAAAUACAAUGCAAUAUAAUACAAUACAACCUGGGACCAGAAAAAUUUAUCAUGAUAAACUCAAAAAAAUAACGCAAAUUGUGAUGUUUUGAAGGUAAAACGUGAUUUUAUAUAUUUUUUUUGUCUUUUUCGCAAAUUUUUACACAAAUAAACAAAUGUUACCUUUCCUA